AUCCCGGAGUGCGUCAUUUUUACGUCCAUCCCCUGAAAGACGCGCUGUGAUUGGCCUGUGGCUGGAGGUGUUCACGCCCACCGCCUGCCUUGUAUGGAAACAUGCAUCUGACGUCACGGUUGGUCCCGAGUCCCCUGUGAUAAAACGUGUAAGGGCGAGUCGGGGUUUGUUCUUCAGCGGGAGAUGCAGACGAUAACAAAGUGUUGCUGCCGUUGCAGUUCAGAUUUGUAGCCAUGACUUGCAUCCACCCAAUGCAGCACGGUUCCCAGCCCUAUGACAACAACCUCGGCAGCUCAGAACCUCACAGCCCGGAUUUGUUCUCCAGGCUGUCGGUGGAGGCGGGCGUCCUACGGGACCACCCGUGCGCCCCAUCCAUGCCCAGCGCCGGCACGCAGGUGGGCACCUUUGACGCCUACUCGUGCCAAAUGAGCGGAGGGCAGGAGAGCUCGUUGAGGCUGGAUGAACUCCAGGUUUACGGCUGCUACCCUGGCGCCUUCAGGUUCACUUACCCGGAGGAGGCCGUCUCGCCUUGUGGCCCCGAACAUUUUGCCAGCUCCACCCCAGGCUUCCAAAGUCAGCACACACCCGCUUGGAACUCUUAUUCACCCAGUCCAGGAUACUGGGCGGCCGAGGACAUCUCUGUACCGCAUGUGCCGUCAUUCUUCACAUUUUCUUCGGGAACCGUGGACGAUAUGUCUUCACUGGGACAAUCUCAUCCCGGCGCUCUCACCGACACAUCUUCACUCACCUUCUCCACGCUGGCCAUGGAGCCAGCUUAUGGCCUGGAUGGAACUGAUCAUUCAGAGGGGCGUUUGCCACUCAAAGCAAAAAGCCCGCGAGGGAACGAGGGCUGCUGCGCCGUCUGUGGAGACAGUGCCUCCUGCCAGCACUACGGCGUGCGUACCUGUGAGGGAUGUAAAGGCUUUUUCAAGCGGACGGUACAGAAGAAUUCCAAGUAUAUUUGCCUCACCAACAAGGAUUGUCCCGUGGACAAGAGGAGGAGGAAUCGCUGCCAGUUCUGCCGUUUCCAGAAGUGUCUGGCUGUAGGAAUGGUUAAGGAAGUUGUGAGGACAGACAGCCUGAAGGGUCGCAGAGGUCGCCUGCCCUCCAAGCCUAAAUUAGUGCAGGAAGUGUUGCCCUCUGUGUCUCCAGUCAGCAUGAUCGCGUCACUGGUGAGGGCUCAGAUCGACUCCAACCCGACUGAAAAGCAGCUGAAUUAUUCCAAUUACAAAGAAACUGAUGUGGGCGCAUACCAGAAAGAGGACGCUAGUGAUGUGAAAGAGUUCUACGACCUGCUCACUGCCUCCAUGGAGGUCAUCAGAAAGUGGGCCAAGAGCGUCCCGGGUUUUUCGGAUUUCUGCUCAUCAGAUCAAGAGCUGCUCCUGGAGUCAGCUUUUGUUGAACUCUUCAUCCUCCGUCUUGCGUACCGAUCAAACCCCGAAACAAACAAGCUGGUCUUCUGCAAUGGCAAAGUGCUUCACAAGACCCAGUGCAUCAGAGGCUUCGGGGACUGGAUCGAGUCCAUCUUGGAGUUUUCCCAAAGCCUCCAUCGCAUGAAACUUGACAUCUCCUCCUUCUCCUGCCUCACGGCUCUGGUCAUUAUCACUGAGCGACAUGGUCUCCAAGAACCAAAACGCGUGGAGGACUUGCAGAAUCAGCUGAUCAACAGUCUUAAAGAUCACGUGUCGGGCUGCCCGUCGUCACGUCCCAACUAUUUGUCAAAACUGCUCGGCAAGCUGCCCGAACUCAGGACACUAUGCACUCAAGGCCUCCAGCGCAUCUUCUACCUUAAAUUAGAAGGCCUGGUCCCGCCGCCGCCCAUUGUGGACACCAUUCUGAUGGAUUCGUUCCCGUUUUAAAUGGAAGAUGUGAGACAGCACACAUGGAGUCAGAGACACAGAUAAAAGUGUUCUUUCAUAUUCAAUUGAUGAGGGAGGAUAAUCAAAAUAGCUCACGGACCAAAGUGCUCACACUUUUACGCUCAACGUGCUAUGAAUGGAGGCAAGAUGGAAGGGUUGCCCAAACUCUGACAAACCACAUCCAUAAUUCUUACAAUUCAUGUAUCAUGAAUGGACUUGGACUGCUUUACAAAUAUCCUGUCUUUUUACCAAAGGCUUUUUUCUGCACUUCAGUUUGGAAUAAAGUGUUCCUUUUUAUA